AUGUGGUGUCUCCUCAUGCUGCUCUGCUCUCAAGGAAUUGCCUUUUCAGCAGGAUUCACAACACCCUCCUCUCUGAACUCAGACAAGAGCCAGUUCAGGAAGACUCGUAACCCUGAAUCCCUUAUGAAUGUUAGUGAAAUUAUCAGAUAUCAUGGAUACCCCAGUGAGGAAUAUGAAGUUACCACAGAGGAUGGGUACAUUCUUAGUGUUUACAGAAUUCCUGCUGGGAGGAACAGCCAAAGUACAGGGAAAAAGCCUGUAGUCUUCCUACAGCAUGCUUUUCUAGGAGAUGCUACACACUGGAUUUCUAACCUGCCCAACAACAGCUUGGGCUUCAUCCUCGCAGAUGCUGGCUAUGAUGUCUGGAUGGGAAACAGCCGAGGGAACACCUGGUCUUUAAAACACAAGACCCUUAAUCCCAGCCAGAAAGCAUUCUGGCAGUUCAGCUUCACUGAAAUGGGUAAAUAUGAUAUUCCAGCAGAGCUGUACUUCAUCAUGAAUAAAACUGGACAGAAGGAUGUAUAUUAUGUUGGUCACUCUGAAGGCACAACAUCAGGCUUCAUAGCAUUUUCUACAUACCCUGAGCUGGCUAAACGGGUGAAAAUAUUCUGUGCUCUGGGCCCAGUAACCUCGUGCUCAUAUUCUACAAGCCCUCUGAUUAAGAUAACAAAUCUUCCUGAACCACUGCUCAGGUUGCUAUUCGGCUGCAAAGGAACCAUGCACCAGAUUGGUUUUCUGAGAGGACCUGUGACACAGUUAUGUACAAGCCUCGAUAAGUUUUGUGGCCACACACUCUGUUACCUAGCUGGAGGUAACAUAAAAAAUCUGAACACGAGUCGAACAGAUGUAUACGUAGGACAUUCUCCUGCUGGAACAUCAGUACAGAACAUUAUUCACUGGCAUCAGAUAAGAUCUGCAGGCCAAUUGCAAGCUUAUGACUAUGGCUCUAAGGAAAACAUGAAGAAAUACAACCAGUCUACUCCUCCUGCGUACAAGAUAGAGGAAAUAAGCACACCAAUUGCUGUCUGGAGCGGUGGACAGGACGAAUUCGCAGAUCCAAAAGACAUGGCAAAGCUGCUCCCUCAGAUUAAAAAUCUCCUUUAUCAUGAGCAUUUUCCUUCUUGGGGUCAUCUUGAUUUCAUCUGGGGCCUUGAUGCAACUGAGAAAAUGUAUCAGAAAAUCGUUGAACUAAUGACAAAAUUCUAUUGAAAUCACAUGCACAUGAUUUACUCAGCAAAAACCUCUAGAAUUUCUAUUUGGCAAUAAGGGUGAGACCUGAGGAAGAGGUAAACACAGAGACACGCAUAAUGGAUAGCAGUAUUUACCCGCACUUGUUUCUUGCAUUCCUCAUAGUUUGAGGUUUUCUGUGGUGUUACCGUGACUGCUGUCUUCCUGAGAAGUUUGAGGUGUAUAGGAAUGAAAACUGAAAACAUGAAUAUAUUUGAGCACACACUGCAGGGAUCACUGAAUUUGGACAACUUUUAUUUCUACAAGACUGCAAGACUGAUUUUCCUAAGCCUAAACUCUGUUGUUCUCAUGUAUAUCUUAUGUACUCCACAAAGCUAUUCCCAUGCCCAAUUUGUAUUUUCCCAUGAAGACCAAAAUGUGGGAUUUGUUCACUUCUCUGUUGAAGU